UGGGGGCGGGCUCAGAGGACAGCUGAGCUGGCCGGACACCGGCAGCUCCCUCCCUCGGCUCAUCUCCCGAGUCCCCACUUCCCUCCUCCCCUCGCUCCGAGCAGCAUCCUCUACAGACCCUGGGUCCUCACUCUUGGGGUCCUCCGGAUUCCGCGGCUCCGUGUAAUUACCACCUCUCACCCACCAACCCGGGAACUUUCUCCGCCCGUACCUGGGAGUGAGGGAUUGCUUUGCCUGGGCGGGUUUCUCCUGGGGUUCACUGGGGGGAGGCAGUCUCCAGAGAAAGGAUUUAGGGUCCAAGAGAGACGCCCGCCAUCCUCAGCCUGCCUCCAGCAGGGCUGCCGUCGGGUCUCUGCACCUCUCUUCCCCUUUCCCCUAACGAUGACCGAAAUGAGCGAGAAGGAGAACGAACCGGAUGACGCGGCCACACACACACACCCGGGGACCGUCUCUGCCCUCCAGGAAACCAAGAACGCCUUUGCUGGAGGAGGUUCCCUGGCUCCUGUGCGCCUCUGGGAGGAUGACCUACCUUCUGGAACUUGGCAGCCUCUCUCGCAGCACGUCUCACCUCUGGCUCUCAGCCUUCAGGCUGCCGCUGGCCAAGGAAAGAAACCAGGGAGCCAGCCCCCACCUGGCUCCCGCUCACAGCCCCUCUUCCUCUCUCAGCUCCAGCGGUUCAAGCGCUCCCUGUCCCUCAAAACCAUCCUCCGAAGUAAAAGCAUGGAGAACUUCUUCCUCCGCUCAGGCUCCGAGCUCAAGUGCCCCACUGAGGUGCUGCUGACGCCCCCGACCCCGCUGCCACCUCCCUCCCCCCCACCCACAUCCACAGACAGGGGCCUGUCCACCCCGGCUCCGUCCCCCUGCCCAAUCCCACGACCCCUGGCACCAGUCAAGCCGGUGAGACUGCACAGCUUCCAGGAACACGUCUUCAAGCGAACCAGUCCCUGUGAGCUGUGCCACCAGCUCAUUGUGGGAAACUCCAAGCAGGCCUUGCGGUGUAAGACAUGCAAAGUCAGCGUCCACCUCUGGUGCUCCGAAGAGAUCUCCCACCAGCAAUGCCCAGGCAAGAUGUCCUCCUCCUUCCGCCGCAACUUCAGCUCCCCUCUCCUGGUACAUGAGCCUCCACCAGCCUGUGCCACAAGCCGAGAGUCUCCACCCAUCGGGGCCAUCGGGAAGGUGGACCCUGUCUAUGAGACUCUGCGCUAUGGCACGUCCUUGGCCCUGAUGAACCGCUCCAGCUUCAGCAGCACCUCUGAGUCUCCCACACAGAGUCUGAGCGAGCGGGAUGAGCUGACCGAGGACGGGGAAGGCAGCAUCCGCAGCUCCGAGGAUGGCGCUGGUGACAGUGUAUUCACAGCCCCCGCCGAGAGUGAAGGGUCAGGACCGGAGGAGAAGAGCCCCAGACAGCAGCCCCCCAGACUCCCCCUGCGGAAGGAUGUGGGGCCCAUGUACUCCUAUGUCGCACUCUACAAGUUUCUGCCCCAGGAGAACAACGACCUGGCUCUGCAGCCUGGAGACCGGAUCAUGCUGGUGGAUGACUCGAACGAGGACUGGUGGAAGGGCAAGAUCGGCGACCGGGUUGGCUUCUUCCCAGCCAAUUUUGUGCAGCGGGUGAGGCCGGGCGAGAACGUCUGGCGCUGCUGCCAACCCUUCUCUGGGAACAAGGAGCAGGGCUACAUGAGCCUCAAGGAGAACCAGAUCUGCGUGGGCGUGGGCAGGACCAAGGAUGCUGACGGCUUCAUCCGCGUCAGCAGCGGCAAGAAGCGGGGCCUGGUGCCAGCCGACGCCCUGACCGAGAUCUGAGAGGAGCCAAGAGCACCCAGAAGCCACCCUGCCUGUGCCCAGCCCCUCGCUUCAGGCCCCAGGAGGGGAGCAGGCAUCUGCCCACACUCUCCCUCCGCCUCUCUCCUAGGGGCCACUCACCACAGCUUGGGAGCCUUCUGCACUUUGAGGAAGGUUUUUUUUUUCCCUUGGGGCCUGAGGUGCCCUGAGGAGGUUGCUGCUCUGAGACUUGGGGGUGGGGAGGAGGAGAAAGUGGGAGGGAGAAAGAUCCAGGUGGGUUCACCCCGGAGCCCAGCCACCCCCAGGCCAGCUGCCAUGCGGAGUCCAGCCCUGAGAGGAAGUUCCUGGCGGAACUUUCUUGCUGCGUCCUCCAGAGCCCCUUCCCAUGCCAGCACCUCUGCAUGCCGGACCACCCCUCUCCUCACAGAGCCUCUGCUUGGGUCUCUGUGUGCGUGACCCUGCAGCUGCCCCUUUGGAAGUGGGGUCGUGGGAGGUGCCUUCCCGGCUCCCUCCGCCCUCCGCUCUGGGCGGGGAGGGAAUUCAGGGCUGCAGGAGGGUCCUGAUUCACCUCCUGGUCUCCCCACCUCUGUCACUCCAUCAAUUCUCAGGAAAGUUCUGCGGUUCUCUCUCCCAUUACUUGAAACCCUGGGUGGACAGAGGAGGGGGGAGGGCUGAGGUCGAGGGAGGAGGUGGCAAAUCAGAGACUGUCCCCUCAAGGAGGACAGUCAUCACAGAGCGGCCUCACUCUCCCAAGAGCAGCCUGAGCGCCGAAACCCGAUGGAGAUCCAAAGACUGGCCCAGGCUUGGUCAAACCACCCCCAUGUCACUGUCAGGACUCUAAAAGCCCCCAGUUGCAGGACUGACCCACCAGGGGAGGCUGAAUUUAGUUCCUGUUCCAGCCCUGCCAGGCCCACCCCAGGAACCCCCCCCCCCCUCAGGUCCUACCUCCCUGUGGGGACCUCACAGGAGCCCCUGCUCUGCCAGGACAGGGCUGCCUUUGCAGGGACCCCUUGUUCCGGCUGUAUCUGCUCCCUGGUCCCGGACAAAGAGCCCCAGCCGGAAGAGGGAGUGGGAGAAUUCUGUUUGGCUACCAGAUAAGGAAGGGGGUAGGCACCCUGGGGGUUGGGUCAGGGGGGUGGGGGGACACAGAAAGAGGACCCUUCCUUUGCAGACUGCUUUUCUCUGGUGCCAACCUCCCUCUUUCCCCCAGCUCGGAGCCUCCUCUUGUGCCCUUGAUCAUGCCAGCCAAUGCCACCACCCCCCAUCCUGGGCACAGUCACACCCUCCCAUCAGUGGGAGGGCCACAUCCUCCUACCCACUGACCCCUGCCCACUUCUCCCUCCUAGUGGGUGGGGGAGUCAAGCCACACUGCCCUGUUUGCUGCCAUGAGGCCCCCCCCCAGCAAUAUCCCAGGGGUGGGCCCGAUGCCCACUGUACAUGAGGCUGCAUGAUGGGUCUGCUGGGGCCUUGCUGAGCCCCCAGACCCCCAAUUAAACGUUUCUUCUCCCAA